UUCGAUUAGGUAUCCUAACGAAAUACAUCAGCUGCUGCUUCGACCAUGUCCUCGAGGGAAGUUGUAACACUACAAAUUGGGCACUAUAGCAAUUAUGUAGGAAGCCAUUGGUGGAAUAUUCAGGAAUCAUCUUUCAUCUAUGACCCAAAGUUGGCGCCAGUGCAAAAAGACAUUGACCAUGACGUACUGUUUCGAGAAGGAAAAAAUCUAAGGGGAGAAGUAACCUAUACACCGAGACUUGUUGCCUUUGAUCUGAAGGGUAGCCUGAACACCCUGAAACAGGAGGGCAGUUUGUAUGACCACAGGCAUCAGGAGGAAAUCCGAUGGACAGGAGACGUUACACUUCAUCAGGAGGAUGGCGCGGACAAGAAUCCCUACCUUUUAGACCUGGAGAAAGAGGAACAAUUGUACAUGAAAGACAACACAGGAAGUAACAACAGUCAAGAAUCCAUUGAUGAUGUGGAAAUCAAGGACUCAGGCAGUGAGGUCAAAGAAAGAAAACAGAAAUCAAGUGAUGCUGGGAUUCGUAACAAAUUCUACAAGCUUGAUGAUUCAGUGACUGUGUGGUCGGAUUACCUAAGAACGUUUCUUCACCCAAAGUCUAUCCACGUUAUAGAGAAGUACAGACACAAAAAUGACUUGCAGCCUUUUGAUAUUUACGGGUGUGGACAGGAAGUGAUGGCAGACUAUGAGACCAGGAUAGAAGUGGAAGACAGGCUGCACUUCUUUAUUGAGGAGUGUGAUCAUUUACAGGGGUUCCAUGUUUUGCUGGACACUUUUGAUGGGUUUGGUGGUUUGGGUUCCCAUGUCUUACAGCACCUGGAGGACGAGUAUUCCUCAAAAGGCAUCUUCACUUUUGGCCUAACACCUAAUAACCUGCCAGAUGAUACACCACAAAAGCGUGCCAAUAGAAUCCUUAACUCUGCCAUUAGUUACAGUAAAUGUUGGAGCAACAGUUCCCUCUUUGUUCCAAUGUGUCUUGCAAACAGUCUGUGGAAAACAAUUGGCCCACCAGUACAGCUGUCACAUCUACAGUAUAAGUCGCUAGACUACCACACCAGUGCCAUCCUGGCUGCCACUUUGGACUCAGUGACCUCCCCUUACAGACAACCUGCUGUCCUACAUAUGCGUGACUUGACCGACACAUUCCAGUCAAUUGGCAGAAAGAUGGCAUCUGUGAGCACAAGUUUUCCAUACCCGAUACACGAAGAUCAAUUCUUGGUUGACUCACUUAUGUCCAUUGGCAAUGACCUUCCCUGGGUCUCCCUGACACCUCAUGUGAAAAACACUGUCAACCCAUUCUUACAGUCGACUGUAGUUCGAGGCAUCUCCAACAAUAUUGCAAAAAGAUCAGUGCAGGAUGAGAGAUCUCCACAUCAGUUCAGAACCUGUCAGACUGUGGACGAUGUAUUACAGAUGUACCUCAGGGACAGAUUCCCCACCACACACAGUGAUGGAACAGUGUUGCGGGAUCCAUGUAAAGUUGUCUCCCCUUACCCACACAUAUUUGAUCCAAAUGUUAGCAAGAAUGGAUUUUUAUCGUCAACCAAGCGAGCUGAUUUUCAAGGAGUUGAGAGUGUGCCUGUUAUGACCAGUUUACAGUCUACUUCAGACACAGUAGAGCUGCUUCAGACUCUCCACACAGAGGCUUCCAAACUGAACAUACAUAAACACCACCGUUACUUAGCCGCUGGUAUAGAGGAGGACGACUACGUCGAGAUACUCGCAAACUUUGAGACACUGCAACACUGCUACGAGGAACCAGGUGACAUGGGUUGAUGGUGAUGACCACCCAAGUGGAAAAGAAAUCCAAGAAUGUGUCCAUCCCCUGAUAGAAAAUCUUCGAUGUCAAAACAAUUGUUCAUUCUCCACAUACAUUUUGUAUUUUGAUAAAGAGAUUGAUCGACAAUUGUGGAAGAAACAAAUUCUGUUGUAACAGGAAUAUGUGCUGACCCUGGUAUGUACAAGCAAUAGGUGGAAUCUCUGAAUAGAAUACAUGUAGUCAUAUUUUUACCUUUUAUUCAAGUCCGAUCGGGUACAGGCAGAAGGGUGAUCUUAAGGCUGUAUAUCCAAAUAGGCUACAGACGUACAGUUUAAUCUAUUAUUGGCUUUUAAUGCUGUGAUAUUUUCUGUGAUAAUAGCAGGAAUCACUUCACUGUAUAGAGAAUUAAUGACUUGCAUUAAAAAAUGCAGAAUAUUUGCUAAAUAUUGUUGAAUUAUGUUGCAUGCCAGGAGUCUACCGAAAGCUAAAAGCCAGUCAGAAUAGUUUAUGGUAAGGUUUGACAGAUCUUUGUACAAGCUUUAGUCUAUAUAAUUAGCUGUGUCAGGCAAAUUCUGUCAGAUCUUAGUAUGAACAAAAGUCAUUAGUUCUAAACACUCCACGUUUAAGCUGAAGUCUAUUACAACCACAAGUCUGGUUUGGCCAAAAUACCAACCAAAUCUAUAUUAAUUAUACCAACUUGUUACAGAAGUUCAACACAUUUUAAAUUCAUUCAAAGACUUGUCAGACAAUUUUCUCUCUUCCUUAAUAUCCUUUUGUUGAUUCGUUUUAAGGUGUUUGAAGACUAGUCAGACCAUUUUCUCUCUUCCUGAAUCGAAAAGUACAUUUAUUUAAUCAUUAUCAUGUGUUUGCAUAAGCAACAUGUUAAGAUUUCAUGAACAUGUAGUCUUACAUGUGGAUGUCUGUGAUCAACAGAAAGCAAGAUAUGUGCAUGUUUCUUAAGUAGUUUAAUGUAACAAUUAAUGAACGAAUAAAAAAUAUGAAAAUAUUUCUGAUUUGUGAUUAUCAUUUUGGGUCAUAUUGCAGUGUAAGGAAGUAUUUGUAAGGAUUGCAAAGAAAUGUAUUUGUAAACCCUUCCAUUCUAUUUAGUGUCCCUGGCCACAACUACUGCAGGACAAUUUUAAUAUAUGCAUCAGUUUCAAUUGUCUAUUUUCUUGCUCAAGUUAAAUCUUUUAGUUAUAUGAAUAUUCUCCACAAUCAUCUGUACUUAGCUACCAAGGAACUC